CUGCUUAAAAAAUGAUAUUUUAAACUAUAUCACCUCACCUCAUACAGCCGGUCUUUAUUCCUACGAGUUGAAUGUAUGCCGAAAUCGAACAAAUGCUAAGACACUAAUAUCGGACAACGCUUGCGACGCACUCGAGUUGCGCAAAGGGCGGCCGAACGAAUCGCGCGACUCGUCCGUACUUGGCUCCCGGUUCGGUAGGCAUGCGGUUGUUCUGCCAUGGUAGUGUGAGGUCAAGGCAGAUGUUAGGAUGAGCCUGGACUCCUUGUUACCCAUCGCCCCGGCGAGGGUACGGGCAUUAGUCUUGCCCGUCGGUCAGAUCAAGCGGGACAGGUUUACGUCUUUUGUCCAAAGGCUAAACGAAGAGCAUGUUGUCCAACUUCGCGACAUCAGCGCCGAUGGGCGACCUAAUCGGAACAUGUUCUCUCCCCUCGCGUUCCCCGACGGUGCCAUGUUUUACGAUCUAAUCACCUACAUACCCCCUCCAUCCCACCUCGCUCUGGCCCCUUUCGAGCUUUUUCGUGAACCACUUGCGGUUAUUGCUAUCGCUGACGGCCGGGAGCUCGAAAAUGUCACGUUUAGCAAGAGACAAUCUGCCAAUGGCCAUGCGCCGACUAUUGUAGAGAGGAAUAUUAGGACUCUGUACCAAGAACUUGAGGAGCUGCGGGACGCGUAUCCAAAGAUCCUUACGCAUCAAGUGCUCAUAUUUGACUAUGCACCACAAUCAGAAAGUACGGUUCCUAUCCCCGAAGGCAUCAAAACAAUCCCACCGGUGGAAAACUCGAAUAGAACUACGGUUAAAACUAUCAUGUGUGAUAUAUCUUCCUUGUUGCUAGCGGAGAUGACAACCCUCGCCAAGUCCUUCGAAGGAACGACGUCUAUAGACUCCCCCGGUCAAGCUCCUGCGAGGCCGGGACUUAAUGGAGCGUCUUGGACUUCGGACGAUGCGAACCCAGCUGCACGAAGGAACUCGCAAUACGCCGUGUCCACCGUUACAAGGUCGGCAUCAACUAGCGGUGCUGCGGAUAGGAACCUUGCUCGCAUGUCCAUGCCAGCGCCUUUCAAGUCGCUCCCUUUUGGAUCUAGCAGCUCGACUCCUUCAGCACGGCCUACAACUCCCGUCCGUAGCGGGCUGUCUAACCCGCCAACCACAUUUGAAGACAUCACUACUACCGUGAACGAAAGCAAUCCCGAUGCACCAAUCCCUGAGACAUCUCGCCCAGGCUCUGCCGGAGGAACAAGACCAGCGAACCAAGACAAGGUUUCAAUAAUGGGCUUUGGGUCUGGUAGUUUGAACGAGAGGUGGAGGAAUAAAAGCCGAGGUCGAGUGAUAAUCUUGGUAGGAUCCUUAUAUCUUCAGGCUGGUCGGUGGACGGACGCGCUGAAAGAGCUGAUCGAGGGUGCAACUAUCGCAAAGUCUAUCAAUGACCACCUAUGGCACGGCAAGGCACUCGAACUCAUUACGAUAUGUCUACUCUUACUUGGUUGGGCCGGAGUUGAGUUUCAAGUUCCCGCAAUAUGCCUACCUGCGAACGAGAAGUCAAUCAGCGCCAUAGCUAAAGGCCCAGCAGAACUCGAAGAGGGCGACGUUGAGCAGCCAAAACAGCUACGGCACCUCCAAGCCAUUCUUCCAGAUCUGCUUGACAGAAUAAUAGCACUAUAUUCAAGGAUAUCUGGCGAACAGCUUCCCCCAUUCCCACUUUCGGAAUCUAUCAUCAGGUUCUGCACACUGCUCACAGUUCUCUAUUUGUGCGAAGGCAGGCUUGAUAAGAAAGCCCUGGGAAAAGCCGUCCUCGGUGAUCUGCCUACAAACACUCUCACUACAUCACCUCGCCUAAUUAUCGUCCCCCCCCGCGCUCAAAUCGCAACUUUGUUAUUUAAGGCUUUCCCAUCGUCUGCGCCGGAAUUGCUUACAACUGUAGACCGUGCAAUCAUUCUUAGCGGAAUUUCUACUAUCCUUGGCUUACUAGGCUUCCAUAGAAAAAAGGCCAUGGUUGUGCGAGAAUUGGUGUCGGUAUUAAUCGGAGGAUUGGUUGAAGCGAGAACACGAGGCGCCGCUGAAGUCGGUAUUCAUCCGGCGGCCGGUCUAAUAGCGCUCAAUGCUGGUCACGAAAAUGGUGCCGGGUCCCUUGAUCUGGGAGAGGGAGAUAUAGAACAUGGGAUCGACGCUUUUCUCGGGCUACUAUCCAAAAUCUAUGGGGUUAUCAGCUUCGACAAGGACACGCGUGAAGCCUCUGAAUCGCAUCAAGCGGCUGACACAGACGAAAAAGUCAUCUCGAGAAUUCAGAGUCAAGCGGCAAUUAGGCAGUUUGGAUUUCAAAAUAUCAAGCUCAACGUCCUGCGGGCUUGCAUUAAUUUCUCUGAGGCUUUACCAGACUUUAAUGGCGUAUUGAAGUUUUCGAGCGAUCUGUUGCGCACUGCCGGAAGCGGAGUUGCGCCAGGACCGCGUCGGGAAGAUGCGGCACCGAUAAUUACAAGAGACGAGCAGAUCAGGUUGGCAAAUAAUAUCUCAAAGACGUCUGGCUUAUCUCAGAGGCUAGGUCUGGAAAGCCUUUCUGGAGAAUACUGGGACGAAUUCCUCGUCCGGGGGAUCACAAUGGAUCCUUUGCCGCAAAGUAGAACACCCAUACCGCAUUCCAAACAUGUUUUGCCAAGUGUGACAACGGCGCGCACUUCGCAAGACGUAAACCCUUUCAUCUACAACCCAUUUAUAAGAGAUUCGGAUAAGGCGGCGGUGGAGAGGACACUUGUUGCUGGAGAAGCAGCAGUUUUUAGGGUUACGUUUCAGAACCCCUAUGAAAUCGACGUCGAUAUUGAGAGUAUCAAAUUAGAUGCUGAAGGGGCCGAUUUUGAGUCGUCUACAACAAGCACGAUAAUAGGGCCGUAUCGUACACAGAUCCUGAAGCUCACUGGCACCCCUAGAGCUGCAGGCCCGUUGAAGAUAAAGGGGGCUAUCGUGAAGGUACGCGGAUGCCGCGAAAGAAGAUUUCCCAUCUUCCCUCAGCCAUGGGCUCCGGAUACGGAAACCAAAGUUAAGGGGAUCGGGUUGGCUUCAUUAGAGCAGGUUAAGACGUUGCCCUUUUCUGGGCCUUUGUUGAGCCCGGACAGCAUUGGACUAAGCACUAUCCCUGCACAGCCUAUAAUUGCUAUUAAAUCUACGUCUCUCCUUCAGGAUUCAGUAAUGAUUUUAGAAGGAGAGCGCCAGGUAUUUUCGGUGACGCUACAAAACUUAUCACAAUCUACGCCAGCGGAUCUACUGCUUUUCUCUUUCCAAGACUCAACGCAAGGCCCCCUACAAAUAGCAUUGACAAGUAGAGACGCAACACCUGCGGAAUUAUACGAGUAUGAACUCAUCCUGGCAAGGAAACAGGCUUUGCGACUGCGCAAGACCAACGACUCUGAGAGGUACAUAGCACCUGGAGGCACGGCUACUUUUGAUUUCGAGAUUCUCGGAAAGCCUGGCCUUACCAAUGCGACUAUCCAAGUCGACUACGCAUACCUUGGUGUACCCCAAUCCGAAAUUACCGAGCAAUUCUACACCCGCCAAACCUGCCUCGACUUAACUAUCACCGUCAACGCGAGCAUAGAACUCGCGAGGAUGGACGUUCUACCCCUCACAAAUGGUGUACCUAAACCCAUUUGGUCUCGCGUGGGUGCGGAGGCGGCGGAAAUAGAGACUUCGCUCUCUGAUGAAGAGUACUGUCUUCUGUUACUAGAUCUCCGGAAUGCCUGGCCAAGUGAUAUGCAAGUCUGCCUCGCGGCAGAGAGCGGUAUCAUGAUAAAGGAGCAUAUCCUACCGGGAAAUACUAACCGCGUCGUCUUCCCCGUUCCAAGAGUAUACAUAGAGGACCCCCACGCAUCAAUCCCGGCUCUCAACCCCUCUCGCCAACGGCAAUUCGUCGUCAGCAGCAGCAAGAUCACACCGGAAAUAGAGCGCGGCAAUCGCGAAGCAUUCUGGUACCGCGAGAAGGUUCUAGAAAAGCUAUCCGGCUCAUGGAGGACUCUGUCCGGACCCUCGAGAGAAGGAACCAUCGAGUUACGCGGUAUCCGCCUCGCGCCGCGUAUGAUCGAGGCGAUCAAGAUCGACGAGGUUGGGAUUGAUAUUUUUAUCGAGGAUCCGGAAGAUGACGACGAAGACGAAGAAGACUCCCCGCGGGAAAGCAAAAGCACAAUCUUCACAAACGAGUUCGCCCAAGUCAAAGUCGUCAUCACGAACCGCAUGAACGAACCUGUAUACCCUACCCUGCGCCUCAUGCCCUCGCUAUGCCAUCGCCCCUUAAACGUAGCCCUCGACUUUACGCGCAAGUUCGCGUGGAACGGCACGCUGCAGCAAACCUUGCCGCUAAUCGAAGCCAAAUCGAGCGCCGAAGUCGUGCUCGGUGUGACGGCCCUGUGUCGCGGGGAGUUUGAGAUCUCGGCUUCAGUCGAGGAGACGCAGCUCUGGAUACCGGAGGAUGGGGAUAAGGAGAGGGGCCGCCCGCUGCGCUCCGAGACGGAGAUCCUAAUGGAUACGGUCCUGGGUGCUAAGGAGAGGCGCUUGUGGCAUUCUCGACGCCCGUGCUUUGUUAGCGUGAGGGAUAAGGGUAGGGAUAGGGAGGGGGCGUGAGUAAGUAGGUUGAAGGGAGGAGGGAGGGAAGGGGAUAGGAGAGUAUAUGCGACGUAACGUAACGUAACAUAACAUAACGUGAACGGCGGAUAGUCCCGCGAUCGGGGAGGUACAUGUAUGUAUAAAAAGAGAGGACGUUUUAGAGAGAGAUAACUACUAGAUGAAUGAAGCGAAGUAACUGGUUAUGAGAUGAGAUCCCGGGGCAGUUACAGUUGCAGUUACAGCUACAGCUACAGCUACACAUAAUCACCUAACUAAUCAAACAGACAGACAUAGUUUGGUCCCUGAUAAGGCGGUUUUGGGGGGGUCAACUGCCGCGUAUACUGUCCCGUUCUAGUUACAUUGUGUCCGAGCGUGACGAUUAACUACACGUUUUGGAUACUGAGAUUGCGUGGACGCAUGGGCGGUGAGUGGGUGUAGGUGGUUUGUGUGAAUGGUGUGAGUGUGUAAUACUCGGUUUUGCUGGUGUACCUAGGUAUGUAUUCAAGGAGAGUGGUAUUUUAGGAUUACCUAGAUAUGUACAUACAAGCAGCUCAUGUUCAAUCGAGUACCUACCUACCUAAUCUGAGAUAGCCCUAACCAUACUUCGUAAUUUUAUCUUGGGUUAACGAAGUGCUAUCAAUGGUCUACCUCGAUUUGUCCUGGAAUAGAUGAUGUUGGC